AGGCAUCAGGUCAUUUGGCUCGCCAGCGGGCUCCACGUCAUCUGGCAAGGCAGUGGGCACCGAGUCACCAGGCACGAGAGUGGGGUCCGAGUCAACUGGCAUGACCGCGGGCACUGGGUCAGACAUUGGAUCGUCUGGCCCGACAGUGGGCUCCGAGUCACCAGGCAUGACCGCGGGCACUGGGUCAGACAUUGGAUCGUCUGGCUCGACAGCGGGCACUGGGUCAUCAGGCAUUGGAUCGUCUGGCUCGACGGCGGGCAUCGGGUCACCAGGCAUCACAUCGUCUGGCAAGGCUGCGGGCACCGAGUCGUCUGGCAAGGCUGCGGGCACAGAGUCGUCUGGCAAGGCUGCGGGCACAGAGUCGUCUGGCAAGGCUGCGGGCACAGAGUCGUCUGGCAAGGCUGCGGGCACAGAGUCGUCUGGCAAGGCUGCGGGCACAGAGUCGUCUGGCAAGGCUGCGGGCACAGAGUC